AUGCCUUCGCGUCUGUGUAUCUACUGCAAUGACCUUGAGGUCAGACAAACCUUCGAGUCUCAGCAUCACCGCGACCUUGCAUCGCUCCAAGACUGCGCUGAAAGCAUUUUCCAACCUUGCCCACUCUGUAAACUACUAUGGGCCAAUAUCAAAGAUCUUUGUCCGGCAAACCGCCUGCAGCAUUUUCUGAAAAGUUGGAAAUCCGAUCCCAAGUUGCGUGGGGCCAAGUUGAUGCUUGUAUCAAAGCAGCAAAGGCAUCCACCAAGUAACCACCCAGCAUCGAGUAGGGUUAUCUGGUUCAACGAAGCGUUUGUAAACGUGGUCAUCAGAGGUCCUAAUGUGGAUGAAGACCUUGCAAUGAGCUUCAUUGCGCACUUGAAUGUUUCGACGACAUCAGAAUCGCUCGCCGCAAAGGAAAUACGCGGAAGGACUCUCGAAAAGUCUUCAGAAUCCCGAAAACGUGCCGAGACGGUAAACUUGACCAAAGCAUGGAUCAAUAGGUGCAACAACUCUGACCAUCGAUGCUGUGGCAAUGAGCGAAGGGACCUACCUUCGAGGGUGGUUGAUAUUGGAGAGAAAAAGCCAAAGCUUAUUGAAACCCAGGGAAAGCGAGGUAUUUAUGUUGCACUGUCAUAUUCUUGGGGCGAUGCAGGAUCGCGAAUGUUCAAGUUUAAGACAGAUACUGAGGCCGCUUUCAAAAAGGGCGUUGCGUUAUCUAAACUCGCCAAAACUCAUCGCCAGGCUAUCCAGGUCGCGCUCGAGCUUGGAUAUCGAUAUAUCUGGAUCGAUGCGCUUUGUAUCAGGCAAGACGACAACAAAGACUGGGCUGAUCAGGCCUUGCUCGUACCAGAGAUAUACAACAACGCGGAUCUCACUAUCGUGGCGGGAGCAAGCCGUGAUGCACGGGAUGGAUUUCUCGACAUCGGAUCCUCGCCUUUUGACGCAGCAUGCCAAGUUCCAUACCAAUGCGCAAAUGGAGACGGAAAAGCUAAAUGCUGGCUUAAUCUUCCACGGGAUCGCAGCAUCGGUCCUACAACCGCACGCGCAUGGUGCUACCAAGAGUCACUGAUGGCUAGACGAAUGAUCAUCUACGGAGAACAACAACUUAUCUUUCGUUGUCGUGAGCGUGAGGAAUUCGAGGAUGGCUCUUGUAACUUUGUUGGAGAAGCAGAUGUCUGGUAUAACGAACUAUUCCCAGCUCUUAAUGCUUCCAACCUGCCCCCGGUUCAAGAAGAUCAUAAGCCACGAAACCGUAUUCAGCUAGACUCUUGUCCAGCGACUUAUACUAGCCCUUCAUUUGGUCAGGGACCGCGAGGGUUGGGACUUGCUGACACAACAGACCCAGUCCUUAAACGGUGGUAUUCUGUCACAAUGGAAUACUCUACAAAGAGCUUUUAUGAUACCUCAGACAAUCAUGCUGCUCUCUCUGGUGUCGUUCGCCUGUUCAAACAAGCUCUUGUUAGCAGAUUUGGCCGUGGGUCAGAUAGGUACAUGGCUGGACUAUGGGAGAGUGAUAUGAUAUGCGGGUUACUCUGGAGAAGUCGUCGUAUCGUCGAAGCCCACUUACCAGCACUCAAGGUUCCUGUGCAUGACAGUAAAGUCAUCAGAAAGGCCCCUUCUUGGUCAUGGAUGGCACUCGUCGGACCUAUCAGCCAAGGAGCUGGCGCAAAAACAGAUGAACUUGCCGGAUUCGCAAGGUACGGAACACCAUGUUGCAGACCAGGCAAUCUGAAGCGAAACAGUUGGUGUCAGGACCCUGACGGAUGGGAGUACAAUAUCGUCGAGCUCAAAUACUUCCCAGAUCCAUAUGAACUACAGGUCUACGGCUACAUGCGCGAACUGCGGAUUUCGCAAUACAAAACCCAAGAUCAUCCCGACCAUAGCGUGCGUUGCAAGCUUUAUCCCCGAGAUGCCUUGAACAAGCAUACGUUUCGUUUGGAAGCCAGCGAGAGGCGGCCCUUAGUCAUAGGUCGUGGAGAUCCCGAUUCGAACUGGUCGCUUAUAGCAGCGACUGGGCUUUUCGACCAGCAGACCUCGAGCAAUCCUCGGGAAAUGUGGGCGCUUCGACUUACCUCUGAGGAGGGAUUGCUUCUCAGGAAGCUUUAUCCGGGUAAGAUAAUCUUUGAGAGGCUGGGGAUUUUCUUCAUUGAGAAUCCGAAGGCCUUCUAUCCGGACGAUUUGAAUCUGGUUACGGAUCGGGGCCGAUAUCGUAUACCAGAGGACAAGCUGCCAGUUAGCAGGGUGAUAAUUCACUAG